AUGAGUCCAGCAACGUCCUACACUUUACGUCCGCUGGAGCGUAAUCCGCCUAGUAUACCCGGCAAUGCGCUCGAGGGUGGCGCUUUCCGUGUGCAUCUAUCGCAAAAAGAAUUAAAAGCGCUGGGACUUGUCAACGGUGACUGCAUUCGACUAAGUACAGCUGCUGGUUUCAAAGGUCACGGAGUAGCUUGGCUAGCCUCUCAGACAAACCCUGGAAACAAGCCAAUCGCCAAGGUGACUGACCUUCUGCGAGAGCAAUACAAUCUUUCUCUCAACGAUCCUGUUUUCAUCGAAAAGGUCGAUUCCUGGAAGCCUCUCAAAUCCAUAGAGAUCGAUCUUGCGGAUGCUCAAAAUCAGAUCGCCAGAUUCAGCUCAAAUGAACAACUUCUGUACUGGCUGCGACAUACUUUAGCAGUCGACUCCGACAUUAUUCUCCCAGGAUGCAGCUUUCCAGUCCAGCAGAAAAGCUUCAAGCAGAAGAGCCACAAGAUGCGCGUCACUGUGCAAAACAUUGACCCGCAUCCGACUGAAAAGCACGCGGUGUAUUUCGAUGAGCUCAUCACUCAAGUCACCACCACUGGUGGCGUUCCCAUUGAGCAAGCACCGAGAGCUCCUACACAAAACUUUCAAGUAAGGUUCGAUGGGAUUGGCGGCUUCUCUAGCCACUUUGCUACCAUAAAUAAACGCCUCUCUUAUCUCACGAAAACACUGCCUCAUCAACGCGACCUACGCCUGUGUGGACCUACUUCUUUUCUACUACAUGGCCCUGAGGGAACUGGCAAAAGUCUUCUGCUCGAGCGACUAGCGGAAUGCCCAUGGCAGGAAGUGUACCGCAUAGAUCCGGAUACGCAACCAAAGGCACAAGCAAAGGCAAUAUCCGAAGCUUUUGAGGACGCUCGUGAAAACCAACCGAGCUUGAUCCUCAUGGACAAUCUUGAUAGGUUCCUCGACAAGGCUGAUACGCUUGUGAACAAACUGCGAACCGAGCUGGCAAAGUUGGGUGGCUACCAAGUAGUUGUCGCGGCAGCAGCACGCAGCAUAUACGACAUUGAUACUAGCCUUCGGUCACCGUCAGCUUUUAAGACAAAGCUCGAACUCUUUCCACCUAAUGCUAAGCAGAGAGAAGAUAUCCUACGACAGAUCUUGGGCACUACUAGCAGACUUGGUGACCUUGACUUCACGGCGCUAGCAGAACGCACCCAUGGCUUCGUCGGGCGCGACAUUCACGAUUUAUGUCUUCUCGCAAGAGACCAACGAGAACAGCAGAUAGACGAGUCGAUAAGCGAAGAGGAGAAAGCCACAUUUGACGAGAAACUUGAGCAGACAGACUACGUGCGUCAAGAGGACUUUGAUGCUGUAUUUGGUGAGGUACAACCGACGGUAUUGAAGGACAGCAUUCUUGAAGUCCCAAAGGUCAGAUGGACAGAUAUAGCAGGUUUGGAUCAUGUCCGCGCCGUGCUUGAAGCCAUCACUAUUCGUCCUUUCAAGUAUCCCGACCUCGACAUCAAAUUUGGUGGACCUCAGUCUCGCAAAGGUGUCCUACUAUACGGUCCACCUGGUUGCGCAAAGACUUUGAUCGCGCAAGCUGUCGCAACAGAGAGCAAACAAAACUUUCUUGCAGUGAAAGGCUCCGAACUCAUCAAGAUGUACGUUGGAGAAUCUGAGCGAGCUAUUCGCGACGUGUUCCGCAGAGCGCGCGCAGCGAAACCCUGCAUCAUCUUCUUCGACGAAAUCGACUCCAUCGGUAAAUCGCGUGAGAAGACGCAGGAUAGCGGCCUGAACGUCGUUACAACGCUACUAAACGAAAUGGAUGGUAUCGAAGCACUGAAGGAUGUGUUCAUCAUUGGUGCUACCAACCGACCUGACAUUCUCGACUCGGCGCUCAUCCGUACUGGCCGUUUUGAUGCGCAUAUUCACAUCGGCCUCCCAACCGAGGAAGCGCGAAAGCAGAUCCUGCAGAUUCACACGCGAAAGAGGCCGCUCGCAGAAGACAUUGAUCUAGAUGUUGUUGCUAAGAGGACUGAAGGGAGCAGUGGAGCAGAUCUCAGUGGGUUGUGCGCUGUUGCUAUCGAGUUGGCGAUUACAGAGUAUACAGAGGAUCCGAGCCGUGAGGCAAAAGUGCAUAUGCGGCACUUUGAGCAGGCGCUACAGCAGCAUGUUCCACAUACCAUUGCAGCGGAAGCAGAACGGUAUAAGAACUGGCGACCAGGCAAGUCGUUGUCGGAGGACUAG